AUGAUAGCAGGCAUCUUUGUUGGUUUCCGAUCAAUGAUUGCUCAGCUUAACUGGAUGUCUCCUUUUGCCAAAACUGCUGCUUACAAAAAAAUUGAUUAUCUUGUCAAGAAUAUUGGUUAUCCAGAUUGGAUUACUGAUGAUGAGAAGCUCACAAAAGCUUAUGCGGUAAGUGACCUUGCACAAGUUAACGGAUGCACUGAAGCUGAGAAGCAAUGA